AGCCAACUAUGCAAAAUUAUCCCAGGUUCGAUGUCCCUGCCUGUGCUGGAGAAAAAGGGGGACAUCAUCUUGGGGGGACUCUUCUCCCUUCAUGACAUGGUGGUGGAGCCCAGUCUGUCCUUCACCUCUACGCCUCCACCCAUACAGUGCACCAGAUUUAACCUUAGGACAUUUCGUUGGAUGCAAACUAUGAUCUUUGCCAUCGAGGAGAUUAACAGAGAUGGAAAACUUCUUCCCAACAUCACACUGGGCUAUAGGAUCUAUGACUCAUGCAGUACACCCCAUCAAGCUCUGAAGGCUGUCAUUGAGUUAAUGGGGAGUGAGAAAGGUUCAGGGGUUGAAGGAGAGACACAGAGUAAAGUCACAUGUCAUGGGACCAUACCAGCCGUGAUAGGAGACGGAGGCUCUACUCAGUCUCUUGUAGUGGCCCGUUUCCUGGGAGUCUUCCAUGUGCCACAGGUUAGUUAUUUCUCCAGCUGUGCUUGUCUCAGUGACAAAAAGGAGUUUCCUGCCUUUUUAAGGACCAUGCCCAGUGACCUUUUCCAGGUAGAUGCACUUGUACAACUUGUCAAGCACUUUGGCUGGACUUGGGUGGGUGUGAUUGCAGGGGAUGAUGCUUAUGGCCGUGGUGGGGCAAACAUCUUUGUCGAUGAGGUUAGAAAGUUAGGUGCUUGUGUUGCCCUCUAUGAGAUCAUCCCUAAAAACCGAGCACAGACUGCCAUUUCAUCUAUUGUUUCUAAGAUCCGCUCCUCUGGGACUCGUGUGGUUCUAGUGUUUGCUGUAGAACAAGAUGCAGCUGCAUUGUUUGAUGUAGCACUCAGGCAUGGGCUUACUGACACACAGUGGCUGGCCAGUGAGGCCUGGAGCACAGAUGCUGUCCUCUCCACCCCUAAAAAGUACCACCACAUCCUCCAGGGUUCUAUGGGAUUUGCCAUUCGACGAGCACGCAUCCCUGGAUUGCAAGACUUUCUGCUUCGCUUGCAUCCCUUGAGCCCAGAUGCCGUUGAAGAUCCUUUCCUGAUACCCUUCUGGGAAGAGGUGUUUCAAUGCAGCCUGAGUUUGCAGGCUGAAGGUCAGGAGCGUAAUGUUGAGGGUAAACCUCCAUGCUCUGGAGCAGAAGAGCUGGGGAGUGUGACAAAUAUCUAUUCAGAUGUGUCACAGCUAAGGAUUUCCUAUAAUGUCUAUAAGGCUGUGUAUGCCAUUGCCCAUGCACUCAAGGCUACGAGAAGCUGUGUGAAAGCAAAAGGACCAUUUCCUUUGCAGGCCUGUCCAGAUGCAAACAAUAUACAGCCAUGGCAGCUACUUCAUUACAUAAAACAGGUGGACUACUUGAAUUCAUUUGGUGAUGAAACCAAGUUUGAUGAGAAUGGCGACCCUGCAGGCAUGUAUGACCUGGUCAACUGGCAGCUGAGACCAAAUGGAGAAAUGGAGUUUGUCACUAUUGGAAAAUUUGAUGAGACAACCACAGUUGGAAAGCAAAAACUCCAGAUCCAGGAACAGAACAUUGUAUGGAUCGGCAACCAAACCAAAGUUCCCUUAUCAGUAUGCAGCAGCAAUUGUGCCCCAGGUACCCGAAAGGCAAUCAGACCUCACUUCCCUAUCUGUUGCCAUGAUUGUGUGGUUUGCAAAGCUGGGGAGAUUAGCAAUCAGACUGAUGCCAUAGAGUGUGUGCGCUGCCACCCUGAGUUCUGGUCCAGUGCUGACAGGACAGCCUGUGUCCCUAAACAGGUGGAGUUCCUCUCCUUUAGAGACACAAUGGGCAUCACACUGAUGGCUAUUUCCCUCAUUGGCACCUUCUGCACCUGUGUUGUAGUCUUCAUAUUCUCCUGUCACAGAACCACCCCUAUUGUCAGGGCCAACAACUCUGAGCUGAGCUUCCUGCUGCUCUUCUCCUUGACUCUGUGUUUCCUGUGUUCUCUGACCUUCAUAGGCCAGCCCUCUAAGUGGUCCUGCAUGCUGCGCCACACAGCAUUUGGGAUCACAUUUGUCCUAUGUAUCUCUUGCAUUCUGGGGAAAACAAUCGUGGUGUUAAUGGCCUUCAAGGCUACACAUCCAGGCAGUAAUGUCAUGAAAUGGUUUGGGCCUGCACAACAAAAGACAAUCAUUACCAUUUGUACACUGGUCCAGGUUAUAAUCUGUACAGUAUGGCUGGUUGUAGCUCCCCCCUCUCCACGGCAACUGAUCCCACGUGAGAGUGCUAUUGUCAUUCUCUUGUGUGACGAAGGUUCACCCAUAGCAUUUGCUCUCGUCCUGGGCUACAUUGGUCUGCUGGCCUGCGCCUGCCUUCUAUUGGCCUUCCUGGCAAGGAAACUCCCGGACAACUUCAAUGAGGCCAGACUGAUCAAUUUCAGCAUGCUCAUUUUCUGCUCAGUGUGGGUAGCCUUUGUUCCCGCCUACAUCAGUUCUCCAGGGAAGUACUCUACGGUCACAGAGGUAUUUGCUAUCUUGGCCUCCAGUUAUGGACUGCUGGGCUGCAUCUUUGUACCAAAGUGCUACAUAAUCCUACUAAGGCCAGAAAAGAACACAAGGAAACACCUAAUGACCAAAGUUGCCACUGACACAUUUUAG